CAUUGUGCUGCACAACUACCACAAGGGUAGCCUGGCUAACGCCAGACGUAGAGAUGAGGUAGCGCGAAAUGAAAUCUCGCGCAACGCAACAUGGGUAUACCCAGGCUACCACAAGGGCGCAGUAAAGCAUUGGAAGCACUUUGAGUAGCGGGAGUCCCACGAACUACAUUUCCCAGAGAACUUACACUGAGGCGGAAAUCCGGUUCCAUGGAGUACCGGAUAAUAGCUCCGUCCAGGUCACGAAGCGCCCCGACGUUUGUUUAUGGUUCCCGUAACAAUUAAACACAUUGACAAGUGAAUCCAGUCCGCUGCCCUCUAGAUAGACAGUGGUUAAUAAUCCCAUAUCUGAAUUAAAAGACAACAGUGCACAUAGUCCUAUUUGUUUCGUCGUAAUUCAUAAUCGUGGUUUGUAAAGUUCCUUGCUACGUACGUGCACUUGUGUUGCAUGUAACAAUGCAAUGGACACAAAUGAAGGCUCCCCGAUGAUUCAUGGAAAAGAGCAAUCUAAACGAUUUGAAAGAAGUGGGCCCUCUUCAGCUAGUAACCAGGGAAGAGGACUUUCUCCUAUGGAGUCCCUCAACACUUUUGAAUCCGAGAUGGAGACGGAUGGACAGGGACACUACUCUCUGUUCCCUGCGCUUGACCACAUCGCAACCCUGUCAGGCGCCUCAGAGACGCUCGAAAGCGAACCAUCCAGUGAUAUCAGUGAGAAGCCAAACCUAACAUGGCUUGAUGCUGCACAGAUGGUUUUGGAGGAAGCUGGGCGCCCUAUGCACAUCAAGGAGAUCAAGCAACGAAUCAUCGACAGGGGCCUUAUUCAAUCAAAGUAUAUUGCAAAGUCGAGUCUGGAGGCUGUGAUGUACCGUGAGACACAGAAGGGCAGCAGGAGAUUCAAGAGGAUUGAGAACAGAAAUGGAGUCUUUGCGCUGUUGGGUGAUGGGGAGCAGCAGCCGCCCUUCAGUGGCCCAUCGUUCCUGGGCUCUCCUCCCCAGACCACAGCCUCCAGCUCUGGCUCUGCCGCCUCGCUGCCUGCCUUCCCGUCUCCCACCAGCUCCACGGAGCCCAGGGCCAAGGGCCGAAGGGGCCCCCGGAAGAACCACAGCGAACGGUACCGCCUCAAGUACCUGAGGCUGCGCAGAGCGGCGCGCGCCAUGAUAUUCGAGAAUGCAGCGCUCUGUGAUGAAGUGGCUCAUCUCGAAGAGAAGUUUCUCAGAGCCAAGGAGGAGCGCAGGUUCUUGCUAAAAUCCCUGUUGCAGUACCAGUCUUUCACGGAGGCGGAGCUGUUGCCCACCCCAAACACAAGCUCCCAUCCACCUCUGCCACCCGCUUCAGCCUCCACCUCUGGGCCCCCGGGGACUUCUGGUCUGGCUGGGGGUCAUAACCCUGCAACGGCUGGUUCCACAGGAGAAGACGGAGCUCAUAAGAAACCCAAGAAGGAGCGUAGGGAACGAGGGAAAGAGAACGGAAAGGAGGAGGUUCCGAAGAGGAUGUCCAAAAAAAGGAAGGUGGCUGAUGGCUGUCGUAAGCUGGUCCAGCCCAUCGCUCUGGACGCGUCCGGGCGCCCCGUCUUCCCCAUCGCCCUGGGGGGUCUGACGGUCUACAGCCUCGGAGAGAUCAUCACAGACAGAAUGCUGUUCCAUGACCAGUGUGCCAUCUACCCGGUUGGCUUCUGCAGCACACGGGUCUUCGCUAGCAUGAAGAACCCGGAGCAGCAGUGCCUGUACACCUGCCAAAUCAAGGACUGUGGAGCGGGGCCCCAGUUUGAGAUCGUCCCAGAGGAGGAUCCUCAGAACGCCAUCGUGGCGUCCUCCGCCCUCAUGUGCCAUGCUAACCUGCUGAAGGCCAUCGCUGCUGUCAGGUCCAAGCCCAUGCUGCCCAUUGUGCCGUCUGGCGCAGACUUCUUCGGCUUCUCUCACCCAACCAUCCAGAACCUCAUUCAGAGCUGUCCUGGAGCACGCAAGUGCAGCAACUACCAGUGGGUACGGUUUGAGGUGUGUCGUCCCGGUGACGGACACGCCCCACAAAGCCUCUCGGAGGACGACGCCUCGGUCAACUUUGAGGCCUAUCAGAGACAUCAGGGCUUUGACGACAGCGUAAAGACAGACCACCACGCUUCAGGACAGACACCGCAGUCUCCUGGGGCAUCACAUCUCCCUAACUACAGCACCAGGCCUUCCACUUCCUUCUUCAACUCCUGAGCCCGUCCCAACAUGGGGACUGGUUACAGGGCCCCUGAUGACAUUUAUCAAUGCCACUUCCAAAAGGAAACCGCCACGCUGUGAUCAUGUAAAUGGGAAGGAUUGUUGUUUACACUGUUUUCCCGCCUCCUGAGAGGGGAGAGGCUCCUUGUAGUGCAGGGAGCUGUUCCACUUCCAUAAUUAGCGUGGAUACAGGAUGUUGCUAAUGAGUUGGCCUUCGCUGCGUUCCCUUCCCGCUUCAUCCAAGGCUCUGGGAUCCAUGGAGCCAAGAUGUUCUACAUGGGGCAUGUUUGUAUCCUGAAUAAAUAGCUUGUUAAUGAGGCAAUUGUAUUAACUGUCCUAUGAUAUAAAAUCAAAAACAAGGCUUGUGUAUUUUGUAGAAUUUCACACUUGGAAAGGGGUCAUUACCUUGAGAGACAGCAUGUUGGAUUCCAUUCAAAACAUUAUUAAAAUUGGUUUAAUUACAGUCUUUGUUGAGUAAAUCCCCUCAGUUACAGUUAUGUUAAAAGUUGUCUCAAGAAAUUACUAUAAAACUUAUAUAGAUCAUCAGAUGUAGGACCAUGUGUCUUCCCAAAGAACCAAAUGAUAUGAGAUAUUUCACAGUUUAUCUCACAUUUCCCCCCAACGAUCCCAUAAGUUGGGAGCUUGCAUUCCUAGGAGUACAGAGUUUGUGGUGGUGAACGGAGGAGCCGGUAGACUCCCCGCGGAGCAAUAGACCGGACAGGCUUUGUAAUUACAAGGGCGGUCCAUCCAUGCGUAGCGGACGGCAGCUACCUCAUGGCUGGACGGACACUCAGCGCUGGACACCUGCACGCUGUAGGAGCUCCAGUUCACCAUGGGAGCCGGUUUCCAGGGAGACUCGAGACUGCAAUUGGCCUCCACCCCUGGGCAACAAAUCUGGAGAGAAGGGUUUGGUGUGCAGUUAUUGUGCACGGUUCGGUCUAGCUCUACUGGUAGUGAUGGACAAUUUGGAUGAAGGAGACCAACAAAUGUAUGUUUUGUAGCCACAUUUAAAUUGCGUGAACCAAAGAUAGGCGUGCACAUGUGUUCAUCUAAGGUGAAUAUAGGAUUAAGAGUGGGCUGAAAGAAUGAUACCUCAAAGCCUCCUCCAUUCCGGACAGUGAUGGUUUGGUCAUAGGUGAUGAUGAGGGAAUUAUUAAUGAAGGUAAUCUUUUGCGGGUAUGGCCCAAGGAAGGGCACAUCUUUCUCCCCAUAUGCUACGGCCCUGGCCCCCAAAGUCAGUCUGUUUGCCACUGUUAACUUGUCUCGUGGAUGGAUGCUGAAACAUAAUAUGACGGAAAUGAAACAAUACCAGAGUACCACCUAUAAUACAAGACAUGCAGAUCAGACAUGCUCAGGUCAAAAAGACAGUAGUGUAGACUAUCCCCUGAUAAGGUGAUGGGACUUGUCAACACAUACGAGAUUACAGUUUUCAAACCUGGACUAACUAUUCCUAUGAUUUCAUUCGUAAUUUGUGACACUUUUGAAAACCGGGUAGCAAUUUGAAACCCAUUCUUACGGAUGGUAGGGUGAACUGUUAUCUGGAAGAUCCAUGGCCACAGCCAUGAACGUUUCCUUCAUCCUUGGGUUGGGAGCUGUGCCAGUAUCAGCUGUCUGGUGCCACCGGAUGGUGCUAGCAAAGUUAUUAUAGCUUAAGCCAAGAGCCUGACAGACGCCAGGAGCUAGCUGAAAACAUAUCAGAGUAGAUCAUGACAAAUGACAAAUUGUGAGUGGUCAAUGUAACGUUUUUUCUUUUUUUUUUUCCUUUAGGCUUACGAUUAUGAUGCUGACUUACUUGAACAAAACCAAAGGGAAAGUUUAACGCUGUUUGUCCACCUGACGCCUCAUGGAACGAUGACCUCCAGUCAUCGAUCAUGGCAGGGAAGGAACAGUUGUACACAUCCUUAUUGACGACGGUAUUGGACUCUCCUUGGUAGGGAGUAAGGAGAGAACUUGACACAAAACAAAUUAUAAUAAUAAUCAUAAUGUUAUUGUAUAAUAUUAUAUUAUACAACAGUUGGUAAUUGGCCUAUAUCUUACUUCUAAUUAUGAACAAUAUUUUAAUAAUGAAAGAUAAUAUUGUAAUACCUUGAUACCAGAUUGCUCCUUUGAGAGUCAUUUUAAGAAAUGGGUGAAUCAUCGCAUUCCACAGCCGAGAAUUUCUAUUCUCACUUUUGUGCCUUGGAACGCUUAGAGAGAGACAACAUAUUCAAGUAUCAAGCACCAGAUAGUCGUUAGGGGGCAAUGGGAAGUAAAAUAGGUCAAACAGGCCAGGGAAGGAGAGGGACUCACCUGGGUUGGGAUUAUAUGGCUAUGCUUAUUCUUUUUCAUAAAAAAAAAAAUCCAUAUCUGAUAAUUAUCCACUCUUUUAGUACUUUCUAAUUACAAUUUAAACCUGUGCUAUGUUACUUUACCACUGCAAUUAUUUACUCCAUAAAUAAAAUCUUAACCUCAACAUUUCCCAAUAUCAAAAUGUGCCCAUCCAAGAGUCAAUCCAUCCAGGGAAUGGUUCUCUAUAUAUUGUUUACUCCUGGUCCAAUUUUAACUAAUGUAUGUUUUCUUAUGAAUUACAAUUGUACAUAUCAACCCAAUAUAGCCAGAGAUCUAUAAAGCAAAGAACAGGUUAUCCUGCGUGUGCGCACUAUUUCCCCACAUGUCAUGCUCCAGGCCACACUGCUGCAGGGCUCUUGUUGAGGACCAGGUCUCCACCACCGUGCCCCCCCAACACGACUGCACCAGGCCUACAGGCGUACUCAGGUCGGCAUACAGGAGCCGUCCAAACAUCCAGCACAGGGCGGAAAAUCCCUUCACAGACUCUGAAACACAGAAACCAUAAAAAUAGAUUUGAAAUCACCAAUCAACCAGCGACGAUUACAAUCACAAGGUCACGGUUCAUAGGAA